AUGAAGUCAAGGAGAGCCUUUCCAAACGAAUCUUUCUCUGUCUUGUCUUCGUCCAGCUCAAUCAAAGAAAGCUUCUCCAGUGUAUUCUCAGAUAGUUCUUUGCCAUUCACCUUCGCAGCUUUGCGAAGAAUUGCUUUGGCUUCCUCUACUCUGCCUUUGCUCAGGUUCCAUCGGACAGAUUCGGGUACCAGCCAUAUUUCAAGCAAUAAAUCUUAUGAAUCAAGUGAUGAUAGUGUGGUUGAUAGGAAUUUUGUAUCAUCAAAUGAUGGCGAAAGUUCAGAUACAAGUGAGGUCUCAGCCUUCGGCUUGACCCUCGGAGAAGUCUUUGGUUUCUACCGACUCAAGUCGCGCACUGUGACAGGCUAA